AUGUCUUUCACAGGAACUCUGGACAAAUGCAAUGCUUGCGAGAAGACAGUCUAUGUGGUGGACAUGUUGUCCAUUGAAGGAAUGCCUUACCACAAGUCUUGCUUCAGAUGCACCCAUUGCAAUGGAACUCUUCAGAUGAGCAACUAUUCCUCAAUGGACGGAGUCUUGUACUGCAAGACUCAUUUUGAGCAACUCUUCAAGGAAUCUGGCAAUUUCAACAAAAAUUUCCAACCAGGAAAAACUGAGAAGCCCGAGUUGACCAAGACUCCUAGCAAGAUAUCUUCCAUGUUCUGUGGAACACAAGACAAGUGUGCUGCUUGUGAAAAAACUGUUUAUCCUCUUGAAAAGGUGCAAAUGGAAGGAGAAUGUUUCCACAAGACAUGUUUCCGGUGUGCUCACGGUGGCUGCACCCUCACUCACUCCUCUUACGCCUCUUUAGACGGCGUUCUGUAUUGUCGGCAUCACUUUAACCAACUUUUCAUGGAGAAAGGAAACUACGCUCAUGUCCUUCAAGCUGCCAACCACCGUCGCACCGCCUCAGGCAAUCCUAUUCCGCCGGAAACCACCGAAGAGGUCGCCGUUGAAGCUAAAGAAGAGAACAGAGUUUCACAGUCGACUUGA